AUGUCCUAUAAUAUCCACGAGCAACUUAGCCAUACAGCCACAUUGUUGCUCGUUCUAUAUUUCAUGGUGUCUAUCUUCAUUGCUGCUUUCGAGCAGACAAUUGUCGCAACUGCAAAACUAGUUCUACUCGCGGCUAUCGUCGUGUUCUUCGUCGUCUCUCUCAUAGGAGCGCUUGCAAAUAAAAUAACACGCUCAUCUGGUCGAAGCAAGUAUUAUGGUAUACUAGGUGUGACUUGGGGAUUGGCUUGUGACCUAAGCCCCGUCGUUUGCGGUGCUUUUGCUGAAUUCGUAUCUUGGAAGUGGUGCUUCUGGGUCAACUUACCAAUUGUUGGUCUAGCUGGCAUAUUCGUGAUUUUCUUCCCCAAGGUCCAUACGCCCAAGACUCCCACCAUCGAGGGUCUCCUAGCAACGGGCUGGCUUGGCAUGGUAACAAUUGUAGGUGCUAUCGUGAUGUUCUUACUAGAAUUAGCUACGGAGGGGCGGUUGAACCAUGGGACUCUUCCGUCUGGAAAGUGGCCAGAUACAUCAAUUACUCCGCCGAGGCUUUUUCAGUCGAAUUCUAAUAUUGCCCCAUUUGGGAUUCCUUAUAUCCACGACAAAACCUUUAUGGCCGUCCUUGGUGCGAGUCCGAGCAUGUCGGGUGUUUAUCUCCUACCAGUCGCUGUCAUACUAUGUGUCGUAUCGAGCCUGAUAGGUGUCUAUAUCAGUAAGUCGGGUAGAUAUCGAUUGCCAAUUUACUGGGGAUUUCCCUUGAUGAUUAUAGGAAUUGGUCUCUAUAUCAUUUCCCAAGAUUAUUUUUCUCUUACAAAGCCUGCAGACAUUGUAAGUGCGGCGGCGACAUUCCUUUUCAUGCGCGAUAUGGCAACAGCUAUCUCCGGUGCACUAAAUAUUAUCCCAACUUUACCCCAUGCUGAAUGGAUUUUAUAUACUGCACUUGGAGCUGUUGGGAUGUUCUUGAGCUUGCUUAUCAGGAAGCAAAUAUUUUCUAGGAAAUAUAAAAUCUGCAAGACGGGGUUAAAGACACAAGAAGAUGCUCGUUUGGAGGAGGCCGAAAAUAAAAGGGUUAGUGCGAAUAUAUAA